AUGUCUGCGAGCGGAACGGCACUUCCGCUUCCAAAUGACUUGGAAGCCACAUGGAGUUUUCUUGAAAGUGGCAUCGACCAGAUUAUGAACAGGCUAGAGCAAGGGCUUAGCUAUAAACGAUACAUGGAUCUUUAUACGGGGGCUUUUGUAUUCUUGGAAGUAAUUCACUACCAAGUUGUUUGUAAUUUUGAGGGUGGCAUCUACAAUUAUUGUACGAGUAGCCGCAUGAAUCCGGGGUUCGCCUCGGAACCGCUAGCUGGACCAGGAUCAAAUAUCAACAACAAUCGAGGCGCAAAUUUAAUGGGAAGUGAUCUCUAUGCGCGUCUCAUAAGUUAUCUCGAAAGACAUCUAACGCAGAUUCGUGCGGAGUCAGAACAGUAUAUGGACGAGAACUUACUACGUUACUAUACGAAACAAUGGGAAAAAUAUACCACUGCAUCUUCAUAUGUUCAUCACGUUUUCCGUUAUCUCAAUCGUCAUUGGGUAAAAAGGGAAAUCGAUGAAGGACGAAAAACGGUAUAUGACGUUUACACGCUCACAUUGGUUAGCUGGCGAGAUAAUAUGUUUUCGGCUGUACAACAUAAUGUGAUGGAUGCUGUAAAGAUGCUUAUUCAACGUCAAAGAAAUGGGGAGACUGUCGAAACAGGUCUUAUAAAACUUGUUGUUGAGUCAUUUGUCUCACUUGGGCUUGAUGACGCGGAUUCUACUAAGUCCACGCUGGAUGUCUAUCGGGAUCACUUUGAGAAACCGUUUGUCGAAGCCACGCAAAACUAUUAUAAAACCGAAUCUGAGAAAUUUGUUAGUGAAAAUAGUGUAACAGAGUAUAUGAAGAAGGCUGAAGCACGGUUACUUGAAGAAGAAGGUCGUGUGCAAGCAUAUCUUCAUCCAACUACAUUCAAAAAUCUGAUUACCACAUGUGAAACGGUUUUGGUAAAAGAUCACACAGAUAUUAUGUGGGAUGAGUUUCAGAAUUUAUUGAAUAUGGACAAGUUAGAUGAUUUACAUCGCAUGUAUCUGCUUCUAUCUCGAAUCCCGGAUGGAUUGGAUCCACUCCGAGAAGGAUUUGAGAAGCAUGUGCGAAAAGCGGGUCACAGUUCAAUCGAAAAAAUCGCUGCAGAAGGCGCCGAUGCUAAUAUGGAACCUAAAACAUAUGUGGAUGCGCUUUUAGAAGUACACAAGAAAUAUAAUGAUAUGGUGCAGAAUGCGUUCCGGGGAGAAGCCGGUUUCGUUGCUUCACUAGAUAAGGCAUGUCGUGAGUUUGUCAAUCGAAACGAAGUAUGUAAAUCGUCGACUUCCAAAUCGCCGGAAUUGCUUGCACGCUUUUGCGAUUCAUUAUUACGAAAAAGUGCAAAAAAUCCCGAAGAAGGCGAUCUUGAAGAUGUUCUUAAUAGCAUUAUGACUGUGUUUAAGUAUGUCGAGGAUAAAGACGUGUUUCAGAAAUUUUAUUCUAAAAUGUUGGCUAAACGUUUGGUGAAUGGUACAUCGGCAUCAGAAGACGCAGAGUCAAGCAUGAUUUCGAAAUUAAAGGAAGCUUGUGGUUUCGAAUAUACGUCGAAAUUACAACGUAUGUUCACUGAUAUGGGCUUAAGCAAAGAUCUUAAUGAUCAAUUCCGAGACAAAAUGGAUAAGGAUAACGAGAUGUCACAUGUCGAUUUCUCAGUUCUCGUUUUGGGUACUGCAUCGUGGCCUCUUCAACCAUCGACCACAAACUUUAAUAUUCCCGAAGAAGUGGAAAAAACAUUUCAGCGAUUCAAAAUGUUUUAUCAAAAUAAACAUUCUGGUCGAAAGUUAAACUGGUUAUUCCAUUUAUCGAAAGGUGAACUGAAAACGAACUACAUAAAAGCCUCAAAAACAGGUUACACAUUUCAGGUCUCCACAUAUCAAAUGGGCCUCCUCCUACAAUAUAACAAGGAAACUUCAUACACAUUUGAAUAUCUAAAACAAAGUACAGACUUGACUCCCGAUGUGCUGAUUGGACAACUUGGUACUUUAGUGAAAGCUAAGGUAUUAUUAAUGGAAGUUAAAUCGGAACAGAAAGUUGAAGUAGAAGAGACGCAUAAGACUGUCGAGGAAGACAGAAAAUUACUCAUGCAGGCUGCUAUUGUCCGUAUCAUGAAGACGCGCAAAACCUUGAAACACGUGACAUUGGUACAAGAAGUUAUAUCACAAUUGUCUAAUAGGUUCAAGCCAAAGGUUCCAGAUAUCAAAAAAUGCAUCGACGUUUUAUUGGAAAAAGAAUAUAUAGAGCGUGUUGAUGGGCAGAAAGACAUGUUUUCUUAUGUGGCUUAA